GAGGAGGAGGAGGUGGUGGCGGCGGCGGCAGCCGGGGAGUACAGAGUGAGGGCUUAGGGGCCUGACCCUGCGGAGGGUGAGGGAAGUCAUUUUUUUCCCAAGGUCGGUAGAGCCCGUAACUGAGCAGCAAGAUGAAUUUUCUCCGCGGGGUCAUGGGGGGUCAGAGUGCCGGACCCCAGCACACAGAAGCCGAGACGAUUCAAAAGCUUUGUGAUCGAGUGGCGUCAUCUACUUUAUUGGAUGAUCGAAGAAAUGCUGUGCGUGCUCUGAAAUCAUUAUCUAAGAAAUAUCGCUUGGAAGUGGGUAUCCAAGCUAUGGAACAUCUUAUCCAUGUUUUACAAACAGAUCGUUCAGAUUCUGAAAUAAUAGGUUAUGCUUUGGACACACUAUAUAAUAUAAUAUCUAAUGAUGAAGAAGAAGAAGUAGAAGAAAAUUCCACAAGACAGAGUGAUGAUCUGGGAAGCCAGUUUACAGAAAUUUUCAUUAAGCAGCAAGAAAACGUUACUCUUCUGUUAUCCUUAUUGGAGGAAUUUGACUUCCAUGUCCGCUGGCCUGGUGUGAAGCUUCUUACUUCUCUUUUAAAACAGCUAGGGCCUCAGGUGCAGCAAAUUAUUUUAGUCAGUCCUAUGGGUGUUUCCAGAUUGAUGGACUUAUUAGCAGAUUCCAGGGAAGUUAUACGUAAUGAUGGUGUCUUACUGCUACAGGCACUAACAAGAAGCAAUGGAGCAAUCCAGAAAAUUGUUGCUUUUGAAAACGCUUUUGAGAGACUACUGGACAUUAUUACAGAGGAGGGGAACAGUGAUGGAGGUAUAGUAGUGGAAGAUUGUUUGAUUUUGCUCCAAAACUUGUUAAAAAACAACAAUUCCAAUCAAAAUUUUUUUAAAGAAGGCUCUUAUAUUCAACGUAUGAAACCUUGGUUUGAAGUUGGAGAUGAAAAUUCUGGCUGGUCUGCACAAAAAGUGACUAAUCUGCAUCUAAUGUUACAGCUUGUUCGUGUGCUGGUAUCUCCCAAUAAUCCUCCUGGUGCUACCAGUAGCUGCCAGAAGGCUAUGUUCCAGUGUGGAUUAUUGCAGCAACUUUGUACUAUCCUAAUGGCUACUGGGGUUCCUGCUGAUAUCCUGACUGAGACUAUUAAUACUGUAUCCGAAGUUAUUCGAGGCUGCCAAGUAAACCAAGACUACUUUGCUUCUGUAAAUGCACCUUCAAACCCACCAAGACCAGCAAUUGUAGUACUUCUCAUGUCCAUGGUUAAUGAAAGACAGCCAUUUGUAUUGCGCUGUGCUGUUCUCUAUUGUUUCCAGUGUUUCUUAUAUAAAAACCAAAAAGGACAAGGAGAAAUUGUGUCAACACUUCUCCCUUCCACCAUUGAUGCAACAGGUAAUUCAGUCUCAGCUGGUCAGUUACUAUGUGGAGGUUUGUUUUCUACUGAUUCACUUUCAAACUGGUGUGCUGCUGUGGCCCUUGCCCAUGCUUUGCAAGGAAAUGCUACACAGAAAGAACAGUUGCUCAGGGUUCAACUUGCUACAAGUAUUGGCAACCCUCCAGUUUCUUUACUGCAACAGUGCACCAACAUCCUUUCACAGGGUGAUAAGAUCGACAGACGGGGAAGCAAAAUACAGACAAGAGUUGGAUUAUUAAUGUUGCUUUGUACCUGGUUAAGCAACUGUCCUAUUGCAGUAACACAUUUUCUUCACAAUUCAGCCAAUGUUCCAUUUCUGACAGGACAAAUUGCAGAAAAUCUUGGAGAGGAAGAACAGUUGGUCCAAGGCUUAUGUGCCCUUUUGUUGGGCAUUUCAAUUUACUUCAAUGAUAACUCACUUGAGAACUACAAGAAAGAAAAAUUAAAACAACUAAUAGAGAAGCGGAUUGGCAAAGAGAAUUUCAUAGAGAAACUAGGAUUUAUUAGCAAACAUGAGUUGUAUUCCAGAGCAUCUCAGAAACCACAGCCAAACUUUCCUACUCCAGAAUACAUGAUAUUUGAUCAUGAGUUUACGAAGCUGGUAAAAGAACUUGAAGGUGUUAUAACUAAGGCUAUUUAUAAGUCCAGUGAAGAAGAUAAGAAAGAAGAAGAGGUGAAGAAAACAUUAGAACAACAUGACAGCAUUGUGACUCACUACAAAAAUAUGAUUCGAGAGCAGGAUCUGCAGCUUGAAGAAUUAAAGCAGCAGGUUUCUACAUUAAAGUGUCAAAAUGAACAGCUCCAGACAGCAGUCACACAGCAGGUGUCUCAGAUUCAGCAACACAAGGAUCAGUAUAAUCUUCUUAAAAUACAGCUAGGAAAAGACAAUCAGCCUCAGGGUUCUUACAGCGAUGGGGCUCAGAUGAAUGGCAUUCAGCCAGAAGAAAUUGGUAGGUUGCGAGAAGAAAUAGAAGAAUUAAAAAGUAAUCAGGAACUUUUACAAAGCCAACUGGCUGAAAAGGACUCUUUGAUUGAAAAUUUGAAGUCUUCCCAAACAUCACCUGGGACAAAUGAACAGUAUUCAGCAACAGAUGCAGCUAGAAGUUCUGAACAAGUUGCUGAAUUAAAACAGGAACUGGCAACAUUGAAGUCUCAGUUAAACUCACAAUCUACAGAGAUCACCAAACUACAGACAGAAAAGCAGGAGCUGUUACAGAAAACAGAAGCAUUUGCAAAAUCAGUUCCUGUAUCAGGAGAGAAUGAAACUGUAACAGCUACAAAAAGCACUGAUGUAGAAUUAUUGCAAGAGACUAAAGAAUUAAAGAGUGAAAUUAAAGCCCUGUCUGAGGAAAGAACUGCUAUUAAAGAGCAGCUGGAUUCAUCUAACAGUACCAUUGCCAUUUUACAAAACGAGAAAAAUAAGCUAGAGGAGAAACUUACAGAUUCUAAAAAAGAACAAGAUGAUCUCUUGGUACUGUUGGCCGAUCAAGAUCAGCAAAUAUUUUCACUGAAGAACAAACUAAAAGAACUUGGUCAUCCAGUUGAAGAAGAGGAUGAACUUGAAUCCGGAGACCAAGGUGAUGAGGAUGAUGAAGAUGAAGAUGAUGGGGAGGACCAAGAUCAUAUCUAGCUUUAAAAUCUCUAGAGAUGAGAGGAUUACAUUGUAAUUUCAAAGACGUAGACUUAAGGCAAUGCUUUGGUCUGCCGUCACAGAAAAUAAUGAUUUGGAAAGCAAGUGGAAAACAUUCACUAAUAAGACUAUCGAUGUAUUUUUUUAAAGAUGCCACCCAUGUUGAAAACACUAAAACUCUAAUUUUAUGUGGAACACAUAUCUUUUAUUUAUUUAAAUUCAUCUGAACUCUCCCAAAAUAUAAUUUGCAGAGUUUCAGACACCAAAAAAUAAUACCAUUUUAGAGCAUGUGGUGGCAAUGCUAUUUGCCUUAGUUCAUUUGUUGUUUACAUAAGUUCUGUAUUUGUCUAUCAUUUUCACUUUUCAGAAUUUGUGAUUUUAAGUACUAACAUAUUUGAUUUAAUGUGUAUUGAAUUGGAAUCAUUGUUUCUAAAUUCACCAUUGGAGUUCUUAGCUAAUUAUUUCCUUUUAAAGAAAUAGGUUCACUUGAAGGCAAGAUAGCAGGGGUCGAAGGAUAAUGUAUAUCAUCAGCCUUCCAUCCAGUGGGAUUUCUAAGAUGAGCAGGCUAGAACAGUUUAGAAUGAGUGCCUUGAUACCCAGUAUAGCUGUGUGCUGUACCUCAGUGAAGAAACAGAAGGAUCCUGAUACACAGUGAUGUGGGGGGCAUUUCUGAGAAACUUUUGCAACAGUGUAUUAGCACAUGGUUGGUUUUGUUUUUAAGCUAAACAUCUAAAAACAAAUUGCAAGUUAACAGCUCAUGCAACUCAUUUAGCAUUCUCGAUUUGAUUAUCAGAAAACAUUGUUUCUAGUUUUAAAAAGACCCACAAUAUGAUUUAUAUAAUUUAUUGGCAUUUUUGCUGAAUAGGUUUAAGUCAGAUAAUAGAUUUUUAAAAAGCAAAUGAAGCAAUGUGUCAAAAUUUAAUGUUUUGGUAAUAAAAAUAGAAUUAUGUUCACUUA